UCGGAAAUUGCCUAGAAACGCGUCUCCACUGUAACGGAAGAUUCCUUCUUUAGGGUUUUCUUUUCUGGGCGUUUCCUGAGCAAGGCCCGGCUUCCCCUGUUUUCAGUGCACAAACUCCUGUUAGUCCUGAAGAAAUUGGUUCAGUGAUUUCUUUAGUGAGUACAUCUCUGUGUUUUCUGAAGAAAUCGGCUUUGUUUAGCACUAGAAGUGAAGAUUUCAUGAAAUUUGGUUUAGCGAUUUCUUCAGUGCUGAAACCUCUGUUCCUUCUCUAGGGUUUUCUUUUUUCCUUUUUAAGUGAAUUUCGAUGAGGACCGCAUCCACACCUACCUACGAGCCUACACGUUGACCAUUUGGAGACAAAUAGCUUGCCUUGCCCUGUUUUCAGUGCAGAAACCCCUGUUUUUUUCCCUGAAGAAAUCGGCUUUUUUUAAGCUGUGAAAGAUGGCAGCGGGACUCUCCAACGGCGCCAAUAUCAUGAGCAAUGGCUUCAAGGCACUAACGAUGUUAGCAAAGGCAAAAGUUGAGUUAUAUAGAAGAGUGGAGGGCAAAAGGGUAUUGUUGGUUCUCGACAAUAUCACAGAAGAAUGUAUAGAGGAAGUGGUGUACUAUCUUAAGGCAGACAUUGGAAAAACAGCUGGAUCCUUUUGAGCGCUCGGAGUGGAGAUGUUCUAGCAAAGUAUUUCCAAAUAGAUAAGCAGUCAUGCAUGCACGUCCCAAGUCUUAAAGAGGAAGAGUCUAUAACAAUCUUGUUGGCAAGGGCGUUUCCAGUAGAGUCGACGUUAAGGGUAAAGGACACAGGUUUUGCUUCGAAGUGUGCAAAAAGAUGUUUGUUCAAGGAGAUCAGUUGUGACAAUGUUCCUAGAGCUCCAACAUUCCAUCCGUUGGCCUUGAAAGCUUUUGGCGGUUACCUCUUUAGCAAAUACGGUUCGAAUUUGUCAAAAUGGGCUGCUGAGAUAGAUGGGAUGGUAGACAGAGCCCUUGAUGGUUUGGAUGAAGUGUUCGCUGUGCUGGGCAAUGCUUUUGAUGACAUGCCUGCCAAAUACCGCACCAUAUUCAUCCUUCUCACUGUAUAUAUGCUGCCCAAUAUGUCUCUCGACAAAGUCAUUGAGUGGAUGGCAAUAAAUUGCAACGAAAAAAUCUCAUUUAUUGAAAAAGCAGUUCAGGAUCUACGUAAGAAGGCAUUUAUUGAAGAAUUUGAACCUGAAAUUCGCAUACAUGAUCUAUAUUUUGAGUUCGCUCAAAGCAAAGCAGAUAAAAUGGAGAAAUGGCUGUGGUGGAAGGACGUCGGCCGAUAUGAUCCACGUGGAUUAAUUUCAGAAGAUAAAGAGGGGUUCGAAUUAGCAAAGUUGGAGCAAUGUAUGUAUGAAACGAUCCAACCGGAUUACGUUGGGAAUCUUUUUGUGCUUUAGCUCGUAGAUGUGCAGAAUAUUAGCAAGCUUGAUUUGGGCCAAAUGAACAAGCUCAGAAGUAUCACAAUACCCGAUUGCAAAGUCCUGGAAGCACUUGACGGGAUGGAAAAGUUGCGUGACCUGUCGUGGCUUCAGAUAAUACGGGUAAAUCCAAUGUUUAAGCUUCCCGAUCUAAGCAGACUCAAAAGGUUGCAACACCUUGAGAUCGACAUUCCAGGCAGCCAGGUGCUCGAUCAGCUGGGAGAUCUUACCCAUUGUCCUCGGCUCAGAGAGGUUUAUAUUGUUUGUCCAUCUCUCUUGGAGUUCCCAAGGUUAAAGGGUAUGAAGCAUUUGGAGAAAGUGGAAUUUCGUUUGUGUGAUAAAGUCAAGGGGCCCCUCGACUGUACAGAUUGUGUGAAGCUUCAAAGUAUUGUCCUCAACCUUUGCUGCCAGAUGGCUGCCUCGCCGCUCCUCAAUGGAUGUAAGAAUCUAUCCAAGCUCAUUUUGUCAAAAUGUGAUGCAGUGACGGAUUCUCCAGUUGUAGAUGCGCCAAGUGCUUUAAAGACACUGGAGUUGUUCAUUUCAGCAAAAGCUGCUUCGGUGCCUCGAAAUUUAGAGUCCUUUUGCGAGCUGAAAAAUCUUCAACUAUGGAAUAUGAGGAAAUUAAUGAAGCUUCCGAGUUUCAAAAGACUAUCAAAUUUGACUGUCCUCGAACUUGUCAAGUGUGGUAUAACGGAGCCUCCGGAUCUUACAGGUUGUGACAGCUUAGAAGAUGUUUAUUUUUUCCAAUUAGAAAAUUUAGUGAGAUUUCCAAGCUUCUCCUCAGUAAGGGAGUUGAAGAAAUUAAGUUUAUGUAACUGCACCAGUGUUCAAGAUCCUCCCGAUAUCGAGGGAUGCCACAAAUUGCAGGUGUUUCAUCUUCUGUACAAUGAUUAUAUGAAAGGACUUCCAGAGAUGAAUAAGUGCGCACAAUUAGAGGAAAUCCAAGUGAGUUGGCAUUCUGCAGGUGAGGUCCAGUAUCGGGGAUUUAAUCCCUACAGUUGUCCAGCCAAUGACGAUCUUGAAUUUUGUCUGGAGCACUUUAAAGACGAGAAAUUUGGGAAGAUAGGUAAUGUAAGCGUGCCAGAAGCAUUGGAACAGUGGCAGUGGCUGAAGGGCAAGAGACUGCUGGUGAAACGGUAUUUCCGUGGACUACAGCUAUAUUACAAUCUCACAGCUCCCUAUGAAGAUGGACCGUCCAAGGAUUGCCAAAAAAAAAAUAUUAUUCUAGUAAAGAUGAAUGGCAAAGUGACGCUUUCCCCGACGAUGGCCAAAGACUCUCAAGAUCGUUGGUUGAAAAAAGUGGAAGAGUAUUUUGCUGCAUCUGCAAUUGUCACCUCAAAAAUAGUGAAAGGCAAUUUUGCGGUGAAGAACAUUGGGUUUGCAAUUGUCACCUCAAAACAACUGGAAAGGUAUUUUACUGUUGAGGACAUUAUGCCUACACUGGUCACCUCAAAAAAAGUGGAAGGGUAUUUUGCUGCGAAGGACAGUGCGCCCGCAAAUGUCACCUCAGAUGCAGCGAAUCCUAGACAUGAAAGGCCACAUAAAAUUGUAAUCUCUCGUUUACUUCAACCAUCCUCACAAAGGUAUCAUGUUCCUGCCAUGCAAGGAGCAGCACGCAUGUGCCAGGAGCUUGCAGAUCUUUUCAACACCGUUCGUCCAAAUAAAAAGGGAAUCCACAUUGCAGGAGUGUAUGGAAUGCCGGGCCAAGGGAAAACUACACUUGGCAAGACUUUUUGUAAUCUUAAUUUGUCAAAUUUUGAUGGCAAAGUAUGCCAUCUGGAAUUUUGUGGAGGUAAUAGAUUGCAGAGACAAAAACUUGCUCUGCAGUAUCUUACUCAUUGCGGUAAGUCUCAUCUCGAAUCGCUGACAAAGGAGGACGAGGCACGCCAAAGGUUGUAUGAAAGAGUGAGGGGCCAAAGGGUAUUAUUGGUUCUCGACAAUAUUACUCAAGACAGCAUUUGGGAAGUGAAAUAUCAUUAUCUUCGGGCAGACUUGGGAGAAAACAGCUGCGUCCUUUUGAGCGCACGAAGCGAAGAUGUACUAGCAAAGAAUUUCAAUACCAAUUCUGAGUCACGCAUGCGCAUCCCAGGCCUUGAAAAGGAAGAGGCGAUAGCAAUCUUGUUGGAAAGGACCUCUCUAAAGGAGUCAGCGUUUGGGGUAGAGAACAGAGGUUUUGCUUUGCACUGUGCAAACAGAUGUUCCUUCAAAGACAACAUUUGUGAUAUUGUUGGGGCGGCUCACGCAUUUCAUCCUUUAGCCUUAAAAACUUUUGCCCGACACCUCUUCAGUAAAUACGGUGCUCAUUUGUCCCAAUGGGUUGCUGAGGCAGAUGGCUUGGUAUUUGGAUCUGGUGAUGGAUUGAUUGACGUUUUCAUUGUGCUGGACAAAGCUUUUGAUUACAUGGAUCCAAGAUACCGUAUCAUAUUCAUGCUUCUCACUCUAUACUUUCAGCCUAUUAUGUCUCCCCUCAAAGUUAAUGAGUCGCUUGCAAUUACUUGCAUGGAAAAGAUCGAGUAUAUAGAGAAAGCAGUUCAGGAUCUACGGCAGAAGGGUUUUAUUGAAGAAAUUGAACCUGAAAUUCGCAUACACGAACUCUAUGUGGAGUUCGCUCAAAGCAAAGCAAGAAAGAUGAAGACAUGGCUGUGGUGUAACCGCGACCUGGUUACUUCAGAGUAUUGCCAGCAUUUAGAUCUGUCCACCAUUGGCGAUGAGUUUAUUAAAAAUCUAUGGGCUCUUGAGAUUGUAGAUGUGAAGACAAAGAAGAAUUGCCUUAAAUUCAGCUUGAUGAAACAUGUAUUUAGCGUCACUUUCCACAAUUGUGAAUAUCUGGAAGUUCUUGGAGGUAUGGAAAAUUUGCCAUACCCGGCGUUGCUUCAGGUAGGGAUGGUACCAGAUUUAAAAGUCUUGAAUUUAAGCAGCCUCUAUGCAUUACAAUAUCUUUAUAUAGACAUUGGAAACACCGGUGAGCUUGGAGAUCUUACCGGUUGUGUUUCUCUGAGAGAAAUUCAUGUUUUCUGUUCCUCCCUCUCGGAGUUCCCAGGAAUAAAUGGUUUGCAAUAUUUGGAGAAUGUGAGCUUUAAAUGGUGUGAUGAAAUGAUCGGUCCACUCAACUGCAGUAACUGCGUAAGGCUUCGAAGUAUUGUCGUCGAGAAUUGCUUUGAGAUAGCUCAGAUACCGUUGAUCGUUGGUUGUUCCAACAUAUCCAAAAUUGUUUUCAAGGGAUGCUACCCAGUAACAAAAAAUUCAUAUGAAGAUGAAUCAAGUGCUUUAGAGAUACAAGAGUUAUGCAUUUCAUCAGAAGAGGCUUCAGGGGCAAGGCACUCAGAGUGUUGUGAUGGAUUUAAGAACCCGCCCUUGUGGAAUAUCGUCAUAUCGAGGGAUGUUCCGAGUUUGAGACAUCUUUCAAAUUUGACUGUGCUCAAACUAUACAAGUGUGAUAUAAGUGAAGCACCGGAUAUUACAUAUUGCAGUAUGUUGGAGGAAGUUUACUUUUUCACAUUGGAAUAUUUAAAAAGAUUUCCCAACUUCUCUUCAUUGAGGAAGUUGAAGAAAUUAUGUUUAUGUAAUUGCAGGAGGGUUCAAGCUCCUCCCGAUAUCGGGGGUUGCCAGGGAUUAAGGGUUUUUCAUCUACUCUACAACGAUGUUAUGGAAAAGCUUCCACAGAUGGAUGGGUGUCCACUAUUAGAGGAAAUCAAACUCAGUUGGCAUUCGUCGUCGGGGAAGGCAGUGGAUUCACGACAAGACAGACUUGAAUCUUAUAAGUCUAGAUACAACAGCUUCUUAGAUGACAAUCUCGAAUUUCCUCCGGAUAACCAGCAAGGCAAGAUCUUUAGGAACUUAAAAAAGGAUGUUUUUGUGCCGGUGAAAAUAAAACACUGGCAGUGGAUACAGGACAAGACAGUGCAGGUGAAGCAGUAUUCUCGUGGAUUGAAGGAUUAUUAUUGUAUCACAGCUCCGUAUGUACCAUAGGAUGAAAAAUCUCCAAAUGGUGACACUCUUGAGCAAGCUAUCAUUCCCACGGCAAGUGCCAUCCAUUGAGGUUUUAGUACCGAUUUUAAAUGCUUUAUAUACCCAAACAAGCUGGGCAGGGGUAAGCUUAAUGUUUUAAUUUUAAUUCUCAAUAUAUAAUGUUUCUUUGCUUAUUC